GGUUAAUUAUUAUUCGUCAAUUGGUAAUUAUUCAACAUAUGCUUCCACCAUUUUUAAGUCCAUUGGAAAAUUGACACAAUGAUUACUGUAUAUUACUAUAUCAAUAAUCACAUUAAUAUAUUAACAUGCAAUCUCAUUGCUAGAGUACAAUGCUCCAAAACUGAGGAGAAGAAUAAUUAUCUAAUGAAGAGAACCAGAUCACCAACAUGUGAAUUGAAACCUUCGGUUCAAAAUUCCAUUCUGGACAUUCAACGACAAGUUCGGAGUCUAAAGAACGCAGUGGAUGAAAUUUUAAGACUGUUAAGAAAACCCCAAAAUGGUGAGCUGAUGGAUAUUAUUAUAGACUAUUGGGAGAUUUAUCAACUCGAACAUGUUGCUAAAUUUAGUUUUUGUUCGUUUAUUCGUCAAUACGUUUGCUUAGCUUUGUCUUCUUGUAUUUGUGUUUAAUUGUUAUGUUUGCUUUAAUUUUAAAAUAAUUAUAUAUAUAUAUAUAUAUAUAUAUAUAUAUAUAUAUAUAUAUAUAUAUAUAUAUAUAUAUAUAUAUAUAUACCCCGUUAUUGGAGAACUAUCUCUGUGUGGAAAUUCCAGUCAUUUGUAACCAUAGUACUCUAUAUAGAUGUAUUGCAAUUGCAAACUUAUAAAAUAAAAUAAAAUAAAAUAAAAUAAAAUAAAAUAAAAUAAAAUAAAAUAAAAUAAAAUAAAAAAUAAGAAAUGUUAACAUGGUGCUAUGUCGUAGCAUUGCUGUUCUUUUCCAGAAAAUUUUAACGAUCUAUACUUUAUUAUUGGUAGGUAAGAAUUGCGCUGAUUUAUACAAAAGAGGAAUCAGACAAAGUGGAGUUUAUCAGAUUGAUCCAGAUGGCAAGGGCAGUUUCAAUGUCUUCUGUGAUAUGACAACAUCCGGGGGAGGAUGGACUGUGUUUCAACGUCGGCUUGACGGAAGUGUUAAUUUCUACCGAGGAUGGCAAGAUUACAAACAUGGUUUUGGUCAUCUUAAAGGCGAAUUCUGGCUGGGACUGGACAAGAUCCACAGACUAACAACUGCUGCCCAAAAUAAACUUCGUAUUGACAUGGAGGAUACAUCUGGAAACAAGAAAUAUGCAGAAUAUGAUUUCUUCGCUGUCACUAGUGAGCAACAGAAAUAUCAAUUGAGUCUUGGAACAUAUGCUGGUAAGCAGUUUUAAUAAAACUGUACUGUGACCACGAUCAUGAUAGUCAUGUAAAUAAUAUUUUUUUCAAUGUAAAAUACCUGGAUGCCAGAAGAGGAGUAUUAUUAUAGGGGCGAUCGUUUUAAAGUUUGCGCAAGAGGUGUUGGAGCUGCGUUUAGGCGACCUCAUUUUAAUAUAAUCGAGUUGAUGGGAAAAAAUGGAAUCAGUUAAUAUAGACGACACAGUUUUAGGCAGUGCACUCAUCAUUUAAUAUAGUUAAUUAGUAAUUUUCGUUCAAACAGACUAAGGAGUGUGAAGUGGGAUAUGAUCCUACCGUGAAGGAAUGAUUCUCCUAAGCGUGAUCCGCCCGAUGUCAAACUCGGGUUUUGAAAGUCUGUGUACGUUCAAAUAUUUUGCUCUAGAACAAUAUCGGAUUGUCUGUUAGUUAUUAUUUCAAAAUUUGAUUUGUAAAUUUGAUUUUUGGUUUGGUGGGAAAGUAAAGGUAUGUAUGCAAGCCAUUUAAUUUGUUGGCGGAAACGCGCCAGCCCUGAGGAACAGGAUUGAUUUUCCUCACGUAAACACGGGAUAUUUAAUUUAAAUGAGGCCUAUAUAUACUGGCAAUACUAACCCAUCAUCUGGGGUAAAGCAAAAAACCCCAGAGAACAAAAAAUUUCCAAGAGUAUGCUCCACCAAUAAUUAAUUUCAUGUUGCCACCGCGAGCCAACGGUGAAGAUAUUAAUCCCGCCAUGUUAUUUACCCCCGGGGAAAGGAAAGGAAAGCAUUAGCGAAUCUUAAAUUUAUCAAUGAUCGCAGGCGUGGAUUACCGUGCGUGGGUAGUCAACCUUAUUCAUUCAGGGGCAUCGCUACACACCGCUAAUUAAUAUUAUAGCACAGAUGAGUUAUAUACAGAUAUGAAUCUCCCGUCAAAUUGCUGAUUGUUUUGUGUCACACGAAAUUCGCCCCACGUAAUCACUUCCGGCGAGCGCUGGCAAAGUAAUAGGAAAACGCCCGUUUGAAAGACGAAAAAUUGUUGGUUUUUUAAAUCUGCGCUGCCGACGGCUAUUUUUGGAAUGAAUUCCUCAAGAGUAACAGUAAAUGUAUGCUUUAUUAUGAAUAGGAAGUGAAAUAGGAAUUAUUCAUGGCUCAAAAUUUAGUUUCGAAAGUUAGUAGAGCGGAUCUUUGUCUUUAUAUUCACGAACAUGCCUUGUAUUGAACUCUGACAAACUCUGGUUAUAUUCUUUACAAAGAAGGAUCAAUAUUGACAUGCACAUAUUUUAAAAAUGUUUCGUUUGCGUUUCUAUCCUGUCUUUCUAAUUUGUUUCUUGUAUAAUAAUAAAGAAUAAAAGUGUUUGAAUGCAUAUUUCAAACAUGAAACUGCGAACAUUAUGUCUUCAAUUCAAUUUUUGUCUUAUGAAUUCUUUAAAAAGACCCGUGCAUUGCCAUAAUCAUGAGGCAUAAACACAACUUUAUCGAAUUCCGAGCUUUUUUGUAAACAUUGGGUACAAAAUAAUCAAAGGAUCAUCAAGUUAUUUUUUUUGUAACCAAGGGCAAGGUGCCAAAUAGGAUGUUGUGCUUCAAGUACCGAAGUCCUUUAUAAGCUUUUACCGUUACUGUUUUCAGAUUUCCAUCCUUUUUAAAGAUUUCUUGAUUUACUUUAACUAAUCUCUUGGAGAUGUAUUGCAUCCAUAGCAUGUUCAACAUGCUUUUUUAACUUAAGGGGGGGGGGGGCUCAGAAGUUUCCGCAACCGGUGCUUAAAGUUUGCAAAACUUUCGAUUUAGCAUGUAUUGCACUCCUCAGCUAUGUUUUUCCCUGUUUUCGCCAGUAUCAUGAGGAUUCAUAAACCAAUUCCUAGCCUAAAACUUCCAGUCCAUCCCUCUUUUGAAAAAAUAUUAAAGUCAAAUGGGACAUCGUAUUUAGGGUUUUCUUUAAAUCGCCAUUUCUUUGUGAAAAAUUUAAUUUUUCCCAUUAGUUUUCUGAUUCAAAUUUUUCAAGACACUUGCCAGGAGGUUACCCAUGCGCAUUUUGUGCGAAAAAGCGUGUGACACAUUAUGACGGGAGAUUCAUAUCUGUAAAUAACUCAUCUGUGGUGUUACCAUGACAACUACUUUAAAAUACUUCAUGUUCGGAAAAUUCAAUGGUUUUGUCAGCAAGGCGAGGGUUUCUAGCACGCAUGUAUUUUCUAGUAAUUAUUUUAAUGUUGUAAUUUUCAAGAUUACUCUCUUUUCGGGGAGUAAUUAAGUAUUCUGGUAAUUAUCUUUAGGUACUGCAGGAGACUCGUUCACAUUACAUAAAGGUAUGGCGUUCUCGACUAAAGAUUCCGACAAUGAUACAUAUGGAAAGAACUGUGCCGUUCAAUUCAAAGGCGCUUGGUGGUAUGCGAAAUGUCAUCUAUCCAAUCUGAAUGGUGUCUAUCAUCAUGGUUCACACAAAUCAUACGCUGAUGGUAUCAACUGGCACACUUGGAAAGGAUAUCAUUAUUCACUGAAAUCCACAUCGAUGAAAAUCCGACCACGAAAAUAACUACCCAAAUAACAUUAACACCAUUUCACCUAACUGUUAAUAGUUACAACGCUGCCAUUGUUAUUCCGUGUAUAGCUAGAGCACUGUGAAUUAAUUGAAACAGCAAUGUAGGACCGUUCUCAUACUAGUAGAGUACACUAGAAACUGUAGAACACAGAUUGUCAGAAAAAUAUGCAAUAAAAGUUUACGAAGUGCACUGCAAUAAGUGUAAUUAACACUUCCAUAAGUGUUACAAAGUGAGUUAGUUUGACACACCAAAUGGGUGUGUUUCCUAUACAUAAGAAACAUGCAGACUUUGUAAAUAUACCUUUGUGAAUAUAUAGGAUUCAUAUUGUUACUCGCUGGGGCACUGUGCGCUGGCGACUAUAGGUUUCGGCACGCAGUUUUAGUGGAUUUCUGGCCACCAAAUAGAAUAAUAAUGAGCUGCCAAUUUUUAUCCGAAAUAUCCAUUAGGCUCAUGCCAAUUUUUACCCAAAUUAUCCGUAAAUAACCCUAUGUUUUGAGAAAAAAUCAAGAAUUUUCCUGAAAAAGCCACAGCUGUUGUUUAUUUUAACCAGCAUGAAUAUGUUUACGUUCUUUUAAAACUGCUUUUUUUACGGCAUUGAGGAUUCA